UACUAAAAUUGGAACGAUACAGAGAAGAUUAGCAUGGCCCCUGCGCAAGGAUGACACGCAAAAUCGUGAAGCGUUCCACAUUUUUUUGUUCCUUCAGCACAUCAUUGUAGGACUUGCCAGUAUUUUUUCAAGGAAGGUGCCGUAGAUUCUGAGCGACCCGGCAACACAUACUUUCGGGCAUCGGGUACUUACGUCGCGUAUUCCAGUUAUUAAACGUGUUUUUAUUGCAUGCAUGAUUUCGUUUGUGCACGGCAUUGCUUGCAUGGGUAGGCGCAAGCGGUGUACGGCGCACUGGAAAAGAAAACCGGUACGGGCAGAGCCGCAUACCAGUGUGUUUCAUUUGUUUUUAUUUUUUUGCGGCUGAAUGGUGCCGCGCCAUUGGUCGAUCGGUUCGACCAGCGCGAAGUUCGCAAACUUCGAAGCGGCUUUGCCGUGCUCAGUCGCGUCGCAAAAGCGCAAAAGUUGGUAGAGUCGCAACGCAACGACCGUGUCCGAACCCAGAACCGCGCGCGAUCGACGACAUGCAGAGGAGAGAAAACGCCGUACCAUCUCCACCCGCGGCGGCAGCUACCGGCCAUCGCCGUUCGAACGGCCGCACAUCGACGGGCGGCCAACCGUCGACCACGCCGAAGCCGAGCUCCGCUCAGGUCGACGCUCGUCGAGAACGACUCCACAGGUUAGACGCCACCCGCAAGGCCUUGCUUCUUCGCCAAUGCGUCAGCGGGCGGGCGCGCAACGCGCUACUGACGCCGCGCUGCGAUUUGCGACGGCGAGUGCUGGAGACCAACCUAGCGCGCGAGUGCCAACAGCCACGCGAGUUGGCGCUUUCCACGGCGCUCAAACCUGCGCAGCCCACGCCACCGAGGAACUUCAGGCGAUGGGGCUACUGCGACGCUUCGAACAAAAGCAACGCGACGCAAGCGAGAAAUCAUCGACUUCAGCAGCCCGUUCAAGUUCUCCAGAACUCGCCGGCCUCUAGAAGUCCUCAGCCCAAGGCUUGGAGCCUCCAGCCGGCGACUCUACCGCCCAACCCGACGCGACGCGGCUCCACCAAGUCGAAGCCACCUCCUCGCAAGUUGGGAUCGCCUAGAAACUUCGCCGUUGCCAGCGCGGCGGCUAUCAAGAAGAGACUGCGCCGUAGCUGGUCGUAUCGCGAAGCGAUCGCCGGCGACCCGCCGACCGAUGAGCAGCUAGAGGCGCAGUCGCCCAAACGGCUGAAGACGGAUUCACCUGAUUUAGUCGCGGAAGCGGCUACCACAAAGCACCAAGAACCAUCAGCUACAGCUACGAUAACGCGACCCGUCCUGUCUAAGCGACCGUGCAGGGUCCAACAUGGAAAACCGUUUGCGAUACCAACACCACCCGUUGUAAUGCCAGCAUCAUCUUUGAGUCCUCAAGGUGCCUUAUCUCCGCAGCCGCAACGCGUUACUGGAAGCACUGUAACUUCAAGCGCAACCACAACAUCGCCCGCACUGGGCCAGUGCUUCGUGAAGUUUCCCGGAGCGUCAUCCGCACCUUGUGCAAGAACCCCUUCAGCCCCACACGGAACGUGGAAAAUCUCUUCAAUUUGUCAGAAUGCGCAAGGCGGAGUAGUUACUCCGACAGUCACUCCGUACCGCCACUGCAUCGAAGCGAUCGUACCUCUUUCACCGUCAGUGGUGUCACAAGGCACACAGACGUCGCCGAAGAGGCUGCGGAGGAGGUCGUCCCUCAAGCGCGCCUUUGAGCGACUUCUCAGCAGCGGCAAGGAGAACGAGGCAAACGUGUCGCGGGACUCCACAUCGAAGAACACCAAGGCGAAGGUCAAGAGACGACCGUCUCUCGUGGAGUCUCUCCUGUUCAGACGUAACGGCAACAGUAAUGAAAGCGAAGCCAAACCAGCCAGGCAGUCCACCGAAUGCGCGGUUGCAUCAAAAGAUGCGGUUGGGUCGACUCCGCGUAGGAACAAAGCUCGCAGAGCUCACAGCCUACAACUAAAGUCGCCCGAGUGUGAUCCAUGGGGUUAGGUACAGUGCUUGAUUGACAAUUUUCCAGCAAUCUCAUGACAUUGUGCACUGAACGCUCAUAUUACCAAUGUAUUUCAGCGUUUGGGUCAGCGAUACAAUGGUACUGUGAAGUAAUAGUUUGAAUAUUACACAUUCACUGCUGGCAGUUAUAGUUUUUUAAAACGAGUGCUUCGGCUGUUACACUACAGUGCUCUAAAAUUUUACCAUGUGGUUCGCCAAGCAAGUCAUGACUGAACAAUGUUCAGACAAUGUAAUAGCCUGCUAUGUCACCUCAAUGCUUCGGAGUUUCUUUUGUUUUUCUUCUAACAGGAGUAGUUAUAAUCAAAAAGAAGUGGCCAGGCGCUAAAACUAAAAUGGUACUCUUGAAUGGUAUUGAAUAAGUAUCCAUAUGGCAAUAAUCAAGAUGUAGUGAUAGGCUAUCUUGCAGAACUAUUUGGUCACGGCUGCAUUUGACGUAACGUGCAAUAGUGUUUCUUCUUGUGUCUUUCCUUUGUAGUACAGUGCAAUUCCAAAUUGUUUUAGCUCCGUCCUGCAGUUCCUACGACGAGGUGUACUGUCUGCCGGAUGUUUCUGACAAAGGCGAUACAAGAGGUUCCUAGCCAUUGCCUGCACAGCCAGCUCACAGUUGGCUGUUAUACUAUGCAAAAAGCGGCUAAAUGUUAGCCUUGCUGUGAUGCAUUUGUCUCGCAUAACAAAAAUGUGUUGAUCAAAUGACUGCAUGUUUACUCAUAUUACAUGUAAUAAACAUU